AUGAGCAGCCAGAGGUUCACUGUGUCCAAGAGCCAGGGCGCACCGCUCUCCUCCGACAGCCUGGACCAGGAGCAGGACCAGGAGCAGGGAGAGGUGAACCAGCUGUUUGAAGGAGACGAGCCGCCUGCUUCCAGCCCCACUGAGCCGAGAGAGCCGGGAGAGCCAGCCGCGGUGGUCGUGGUGCUCAAAGCCAUAGACUGUAAAGUGUUCACUCAGACAAACUGA